CACUAAUCCAAAUAAAACCCGCCUUUAUCAAUAUGCCAUCGAACAUAAAAUGGAUCCUGAAAAAUUUUCGAUCGUUACUGAGGCUGAGAAAAAUAGAUGGGAUGGAGAAUGUUUUCGUGAGGACUUGGAGAGGGAUAUACGGUUCUAUCGUGGUGGAAUAGAAAGGAAGGAAGAUACUAGAAAAUACCAUAAAUUUUUAACAGAUCGGGAUAGGCUAGUCGGUGAAGAAUUAUUACGUCGCGGUAUAAUAAAAAGCGGAUUAAGUACUGCAUGGCUUGAUGAUCUUAUGGAAGAAUGA